AUGGCCUCAGAGUGGAAUUUGACGAGGAAGAGACAGCGCAACAUCAUCACGCUGAAGUCAGGUGACGGAUCAGAAAGCAUCACGAUCCAUGGAGACCUACUCCGCGAAAACUCACCCUUCUUAAAGGCCGCUCUCGACAAGCAGUAUGCAGAAGAUGCUGCGCGCGAUAUCACGAUACCGGAGGAGUCGAUGGAGGUCGUCACCUCAUAUGUCGGUUGGUUGUACAUCAAAGAAUUAUCCGAUUUGCUCGUCACACCGGACGACAAGAAGUACCCACACCACGUCCAUCUGAUCAGACUGUACAACUUUGCUGAGAAGAUCCAGAACGACGUCUUCUGCGACGAGGUUCUCAGACUCAUUUUCGGGCGAGGCAAGGAUGAGCUCGAGCGGCUUGCUGCCACUGCAAACCGCUGGCGGUACACAAGGCCCAUUGUUACGAUCAAUGUCGGCUCGGUCCCCACGGCCGCGACCACCCACGAAGACCGCCUUUGCCAGAGUUCCGACUACUUCAAGGCUGCUCUGAGCAAGGAUUGGGUCGAGGGCCAGAAGCGCGAAGUCAACUUCGAGGACAAAGAUGUGGGCUCCGUGAUCUCAUACAUCGACUGGCUCUAUGCCGACCGCCUUCCCGAGGAUAUCCCCGGUCUCAUCAACGGCCUCUUCUGGGUUGAGCUUGCACAUCUCUACAUCUUCGGUGAGUAUGUCCAAGAUGCUCACUUCUGCAACGCCGUUCUCUCGAUGAUGAUCGACUGCAUCGAUCGUACUCGCUUUCCGAUCGCUGCAGAAGCCACCAAGGUCAUCUACGAUGGCACUGUAGCUGGGUCGCCAUUGCAGCGUUUCGUGGCGUAUGUUUAUGCGCAUGAUGCUGCGAAGCAGUGGUUCAUGGGCGAGCAGGAGUAUCCGAACAAGUUUUUGAUGAAUGUAGCUGCUCAGCUGGCGAAAUCCCGGAAGAAGGAUCCGGGAACGUCUUCAUAUAGGAGGGAACAGCUUAAGUGGAUGAAGGAGGUAUGA